CGGUAAGUUAAUUACUAUAUGUUCACAAUUCCAAAGGCUCGCAGAGAAGAAAAACUACAAUUAUAUUUGGUGUAAGAAGUUGCGUCAGUCAUGUAUCGGCUCUAGGGAUGGUAUUUCAUAGUGACUUAAGGUGGUUCUGCCUGGGAAUGGCUGUGUGCGUUCAACCAGUGUGACCUGGCAUCUCUCUGUGGUCUGUCCCCCUUUCUAGAUAUGGAGGUGAGCAGCAGCGUCGCCAUGUUGGUGCCAGACAUUGGGGAACAGGAAGCUCUAUUGACGGCCGACACUGUCAUCAGUUCUUCACUGGAAAUUGAUGGACAAAGUUCAGCUAAAACAGAUCCAUUAAUCCAUGUUAUCCAGAAGUUGAGCAAGAUAGUGGAACAUGAAAAGUCACAAAAAUGUCUUUUAAUUGGGAAGAAGCGCUCACGUUCAAGUGCUGGGACGAGCUCUCCUGAAGCCCAGGAGCUCGGUGAGAUUCCAGCAAAAGGAGCCCCGCCCCCUGUUGCUGACAUCAGAAGGGCCGAGCCGUCGCCAGUCCCUUUCGGCCCGGACCCUCUCGCCCCGAACGACGGGAAGGCGAUGUCUUACCAGUGCAGCCUCUGCAAGUUCCUGUCCUCAUCUUUCUCUGUGCUCAGGGACCACAUCAAGCAGCACGGCCCGCAGAAUGAGGUGAUCCUGAUGUGCUCCGAGUGCCACGUCACCUCCAGAAGCCAAGAGGAGCUCGAAGCCCACGUGGUGAAUGACCACGAAAACUAUGCCCACGGCCCCACGCAACCCAAAGCCGAACCGAGCGUGAGCCCCUCCAGCUCCAUGUGUCUGAGACCCACAGAGCGGAAGCGCGAAGGCACUCCCGACCUCUCCGUUAGCGUGCGCAGUCCACAGACGCACGUCGUCCCCGCCGCCUCCGAGAAGGACCGGGGGAGGAGGAAGUGGUACGCCUACGAACAGUACGGCAUGUACCGGUGCUUAUUUUGUAGCUACACGUGCGGGCAGCAGCGAAUGUUGAAGACACAUGCUUGGAAGCAUGCCGGGGAGGUGGACUGCUCCUACCCGAUAUUUGAAAAUGAGAACGAGCCCCUGGGCUUGCUGGGCUCCUCAGUGGCGGCUGCACCAGGCGGGGUUGAUGCCGUGGUCAUCGCCAUCGGAGAGAACGAGCUGAGCAUCCACAACGGGCCGGCGGUACAGGUGCAGAUUUGCAGCUCAGAGCCUCUGUCCUCGGCAUCGGCCCUGCCGGGUGCGGAGCAAGACUCGGGUCUCGGCCGGUCGGUGGCCCUUGGGCCCCACGAGGAAGACAUGUUGGAGGUGAUCUCGGACGCGGAGGAGAGUCUGAUGGCCGACAGCCUCCUCUCGUCGGCACAGAAGAUCAUCAGCAGCAGCCCCAACAAGAAAGGGCACGUGAACGUGAUCGUGGAGCGUCUGCCUGGCGCCGAGGAGCCCGGGUCGCAGAAGCCUUUCCUCGUGGACGCUGCGCUGGAGGAGGGGGGCCUCCCGGCCCCUCCAGGGCCCCCGACAGGCUGUGAGGGGAGAGGGGAGGCUUAUCGUGCCGAUCAGUGUACCGUCGACAUCGGGGGGCUGAUCAUAGGCUGGAGCAACACAGAGAAGAAGGAGAGCGAGCUGAUCCAUCAGGGACUGGCCCCUGAUGAGAACGCCCCCCCGGGCCGAAGGAGGACGAAUUCCGAGUCCCUUCGGCUGCACUCGCUGGCCGCAGAAGCCCUGGUCACGAUGCCCAUCAGAGCCGCCGAGCUCACGAGAGCCAACCUUGGGCACUACGGGAACGUCAACCUCUUAGACCCAGACACCGGACAGAGGCAGGUGGAUAGCACCUUGGCAGCCUAUUCUAAAAUGAUGUCACCACUUAAAAACGCUUCAAAUGGACUAACGAGUUUUAACCAAAGCAGCUGCCCCUUGGUGACACUCCCGGAGGGCAGGCAGGAGCUGUCCGACGGGCAGGUGAAGACGGGCAUCAGCGUGUCCUUGCUCACUGUCAUUGAGAAGCUGCGGGAAAGGACGGACCAGAACGCCUCGGAUGAGGACAUCCUGAAGGAGCUGCAGGACAACGCCCAGUGCCAGCCCAGCGGCGAGGCCGGCCUGUCAGGUGGCGGCGUGGUGGAGUACAUCCCCAACGCCGAGCGGCCCUAUCGCUGCCGCCUCUGCCACUACGCGAGCGGGAACAAGGGCUACAUCAAGCAGCACUUGCGGGUCCACCGGCAGAGGCAGCCCUACCAGUGUCCCAUCUGUGAGCACGUGGCCGACAGCAGCAAGGAGCUGGAGAGCCACAUGGUCCACCACUGCAAGGCCCGGCUGUACCAGUGCAAGCGCUGCGCCGAGGCCUUCCCCUAUAAGAGUCAGCUGAGGAGCCAUGAGAGGGAGCAACACAGCCUUCCAGAUCCCCUGUCAGUCGUGGCUUCUGCUGAGCCCAGGGUUCCCAGGGACAGCGCGGAGGCGAAGUGUGCCCAGGAAGAGAAUAAGUCUUCAGUCCAGAAACAGUACAGAUGCGACGUGUGUGAUUACACAAGUACAACAUACGUUGGUGUCAGAAACCACAGACGGACCCACAACUCGGACAAGCCGUACAGGUGCUCUCUGUGCGGGUACGUGUGCAGCCACCCGCCUUCCCUGAAGUCGCACAUGUGGAAGCAUGCCAGCGACCGCAACUACAACUACGAGCAGGUGAACAAGGCCAUCAACGACGCCAUCUCCCAGAGCGGCAGGGCUCUAGGGAAGUCCCCUGGAAAGACUCUGUUAAACAGCAGUGAAGACGGAGCCGACCCUCCCACUGGGGGUGUGGACACUGUGGUGUCGUCCUCGGAGCCGGCUCCCCAGGCUCCCACCGAGCGGGAGAAACUGAGCCCUGCCAGUAACUCCUCGUGUCGCUUAGACAAGAACCCCGGGGCGGCGCCCCCGGGGAUGGAGUACUGCGUCUUACUCUUCUGCUGCUGUAUCUGUGGUUUCGAAUCGACCAGCAAAGAAAACCUGUUGGAUCACAUGAAGGAGCACGAGGGCGAGAUUGUCAACAUCAUCCUGAACAAGGAGCCCGGCGCGGCUCUCAACCCGAGCUAGAGCCGCCCGCCUGCGUCUCACCUCACGCCCAGAGACACAGGGGGGGACUGACCGGUGUGGCUUUGGAACCAAAUGUGUGAUGUAAUCAAAGGAAUUCCGAAUGGAUGAGCAGCAAUAAUAUUUAAGUAUUCUAUUCUGAGGGAGGGGAAAUGGGUUGGGGAGGAAGCAAAGAUGUGACCCUGUAUUGACCCUCUGUUACCUCUUGUUAGUGUUGAGUGUAUUUAUUACUAAAAGCUUAUUGCAGUCUAGAAAUGCAAGCAGAAGAGCUAAGAAAGGGUUUUUCAGGAACUGUCCUGAAACGAUUGCUAUAAAAGCAACAGUCUCAAGCAGGGCUUGGUUGUCUUCCUGCAGCGAGACAGCGGCUCUGCAGGGAGGGCUUCCCAGCAUUCUACCUGAGUCUUCCCCAACGGAGAGGACGUGUCAGAUACUCAGUCUCAGAAACGUUGCUUUACUCCUUCAAAAAAAGGAAAGAAAGGAGACCUCUGAAUCUACCCCUAGAUUGUAAAUAGGCAUUUAAGGAGUAAAUGACUGUCUUAAAUUUACAGGGUUUCCUGUGGGCACUAGACUCAGCCAGACCUUGGGGUUCCUAACACUGUCUCAGCCCAGGGCAGGUGCUCCCCAGAGGUUCCGUCCGGGGUCUGACGGUCACCACUGCGUCUCAGCAAUUCCACAGCCGUCUGCCCCUCCUCUGAACCAGUCCGAGCGUUUAGCUGGAAGAGUCUAUUAAAACAACAAAGUAUACAGAUUUGCACUUGAUCAUCAGACCUUGGAAGUAGUUUGAUCUCUCUCUUUUUUUAAUAGUUUGAUCUCUUAAAUAAUAAUCAUUUGGGGGAAGAAGGGUAAGAUCCAGAAUCCCUUAAAAUGAGGGCUUUGAGGUUUUUCUUUCCUGGAGUUCAUUGAUUUAGUUACACUUAACAUAAGAGAUGUAACCACAUGUGGCUAAAAUGUGAAAAUUCGGGUUGUUUCUAAAGCUUUUAAUAACAAAUAACAUUUGGCAAGUCUGCAGGGUUUCUCCUUUCUAGGAAAUUCCUCCCGUGGGCUUUUGCUUUAGAGCACGCCGUCAAAUAGAUGUGACUUCUCAUUUUUUACACGUUUUGUAUUCACGCGUUUCCCAGUCGAGAGGAUGCGUGUUCUGUUUUGUGUUGGUGGUUUGGCCAUUUGCUUACGCCUUGUUUGGUUGAAGUAAACUGUGCCCAUAGCUGGAGGCGGUGCGUGCGGGCCGCCUCCUGGUGCUCUUCCUGAACGGCUCCUGCCCUGGCGCCGAUCAGCGGGAAACAGGGAAGACAGGUUUUGAAUGUGAUGCUCACGUUUUAGGGAAGAAUGCUCUUCCCAAAGUCCAGGUGUAACCUGAGCGAGUUAACAUUUCUAAGUAGCAUUAGGAACUAUUUCAGUGGGGCCAGGCAUCAUUUCACUUUCCUGAUGACUUAAACACACAGAAGGGAUGGAAGCUGUAAGUUACUUAUGAAAGUUCCUCCAUUCCUGAUGUGUGGAUCUCACAAAGAUAAAACAAAUUUACUUAUCGUAAAUUCUAUUCCCCAGGUCCACUGCAUGUGGAUCUAUAGUCAUUUCCUCCUGUUUUCAGAAUUUCAUUUCCUUUCAAAUUCAAAUAAAAUAUUUUAAAUAGUUCCGUUAUUAUCACUUACAUUGUUACCACUCAGUCCACUCCUCCAUUGCUUGUAGCUAUGACCCACUAUUUCUUUACAAAAAUCUCUGAUUCUGAAAAUUAACAACCUUGGAAGAAUUUUGUUUUAUAAAUUUUCCUUGGCUUUAAUUUUGUGUGAUCAUUUGGAAAAUACGAAUAACCAAAAAAAAUCCCAACAAUUUCAACAAUGAAUUUUUAAAUUAUCUUUCUUUAUUUCCUUAAACCACUUCCAUUGAUUAUUACUUAAACUUUUCAUUUGGAAUCAUGGAUUUAAAGUAUCCCUAGCUCAUGGGAUAAAAACUAGCUCAGAAGUUCAAAGUCUUUUAAUGUUCAUCUGGCCUAGACAAUCCUCAGAAGCUCUCUCCUGGCCUGUAGGGGGAACCACAUACCCAAGGCAUUCUCCUAUCGGUUGUGGCCAGCCUUAAAUAUCCCUCCCAGAGACAAUGGAGUAUUUCUAAAGACUAAACAUGCCGUGGUAAUUGAGGAAGAGAUAGGCAUUAAAGUAACCAGCAGGAGUCCCCUUUCUAGGAGUAACAUUUUAUUUACUGGCUCUGACCUGUUGCCCUACAAGACCUUUUGUUCUCCACUCUGAACACUUGAUAAUUCUAAGAGUUGAUAGUGAAAAUAGUUUUUCAAAUAAACUUACUGGAUAAGGCAACAGUGGGGAGGGGAAGGUGAUGCAUGUGCCCAUUAUAAGUAACACUUUUCAGGGCUCCACUGUUUUCUCUUUCUCUAAUAAUCCAGAACACACUGGCCGGGCCCCGAAGUGCCAACACUCCGCGAUCGGGAGGCACCACAUGGUAGUGACACUUGUACAGCCUUUGCCCAGGUCUUGCAUCCUGUUCGAGGGGGCUGUCUGUGGCCGGGUGUUCCUUCUCUUUCCUCACAGAGCAGGGGAGGGCAUCCACGUUUACAUUGCAUCUCCUGCAGUGUACGAGGCUUGGCAAAGACGAGCAGACCCCCUGGUGAGACUCAGUAUAUUUUCAGUUUUCAUAGUCACUUAUUUAACCUUUUUUUAUUGUACAGCAAGGUGCUCUAAGUCAUAUUCUAUAAAAUAUAUUUAAUAGAAAUUUGAGUUUGCUAUUCAAGGACAUGAAUACAUGUAUUUUUUUAAGAAAUGAGUAUUGUGUAACACUAUAGCAUUGCUUCUAUAGCCAAAGUCUGAACAUUUCUGGAACACUGACAUGGGAAGACUACAGUUCAUCCUGACAAUGUGUAAAAUGGGAUGGUUUGCAUUUUGUGAAAUUAUCCUGCACAGCGAGCUGCAUGCCUUAAUGCCCGAAACUCCAGGGUUGUGUUCACGGCAGAACAGCUUGCCCGCUCACCAGUGAGGCAGGGCUGCCGUGCGCCAGCUGCCUUCGGGAAUACUGUACAAUGUUAGAAUAAUUUAUUUUGCUUUAUAGAAAUUUGUCAUGUAUUGACUUUAAUAUUGUAUUUUGGUAAUAAACUUUUUGUUAAAAA